AUGGAUGGGAUUGUGGACACUGCCAGUGUUUUGGGAAAAUUUCUAUAUUACUUUUUAGAAUCUUUAGCUUACAAGAUAUUUCCCAAGAGAAAAAAGAGUGUUGCUGGAGAAAUUGUACUUAUUACUGGAGCUGGAAGUGGACUUGGGAGGCAGUUGGCCAUAAAAUUUGGUCGUCUUGGAGCUAUUUUAGUCCUAUGGGACAUUAAUAAAGAAGGCAAUAUGGAAACAAGUAAACUAGUCAAGGAAAAUGGUGCUGUGAAAGUAUUCACCUAUACAUGUGACUGCAGUAAUAAGCAAGAGGUCUACAGUGUUGCUGAACAGGUUAAAAAAGAAGUUGGUGAUGUGGCAAUCCUCAUUAACAAUGCUGGAAUCGUGACAGGAAAACUGUUUCUUGAUGUUCCUGAUAAUAUGGUGGAAAAAUCAUUUCUCGUUAAUGUCUUGUCUCAUUUCUGGAUUUAUAAGGCCUUCCUUCCUGCCAUGAUUAAAGCUAACCAUGGUCACUUGGUCUGUGUUUCAAGUGCAGCGGGACUAUUUGGUUGUAAUAAACUAACAGAUUAUUGUGCAAGUAAAUUUGCAGCCUAUGGUCUUACAGAGUCUCUCUUCUUUGAAUUAAGUUUACAAAGAAAAAAUAAAAUUAAAAGUACCAUCAUCUGCCCAUAUUUCAUGAACACUGGAAUGUUUGAGGGUUGUUCAACCAAAUACCCACUUCUAUUACCUCUGUUGGAUCAGGAGUUUGUGGCUCAAAGUACUGUAAAUGCUAUUUUAGAGGAACAACAUUUGGUAUUAAUUCCCAGUAUUUUGUAUGCUGCCUUGUUCAUCAAACAUUUUGCAGCUACAAAAAUUGUGCUUGCCUUUAGUGAAUAUCUUGGAGUUGACACAUGCUUGGCUGAAUUAAAAGAGAGAAAGACAGCAGAAGAAAUUGAGACUGAAACAGAGGGAACACCAAAAGCCCAAACCUCAAGUGUGGUUAUGCAAUAA